UGGAGAGGGGAAGGGGGCGGGAGAGAAAGAGAGCGCUGUAGGAAGCUUCCGUUUAUCUGCGAGGUCAGAGAAGGCAGGCUGCGCGUUACAGUGGUGCUGUUGAAAAACACGAUGAAAAUGGCGUGGCAACCACAGGAGGAAGGACUCAGGCAAAUUCUGACGCUGCUCAAGGAGUCGCAGAGCCCGGACACGGCGACUCAGCGGGCCGUACAACAAAAAUUGGAAGAAUUGAAUAAAUUUCCGGAUUUCAACAACUAUCUGAUUUUUGUUCUAACAAAAUUAACAUCAGAAGAUGAACCUACUAGGUCAUUGAGUGGACUGAUAUUAAAAAACAAUGUAAAGACGUACUUCCAUAAAUUUUUACCAGAGGUCAUAAAUUUCGUAAAGCAAGAAUGUCUGUCAGCUGUCGGAGAUCCAUCACCGCUGAUUCGUGCGACCGUCGGUAUUUUGAUCACUACUGUCGCAUCAAGAGGUGAAUUAACAACUUGGCCAGAAUUGUUGCCAGCGUUGUGUCAAAUGUUAGACUCGCAAGAUUACAACGUUUGCGAGGGUGCGUUUGGCGCUCUCCAGAAGAUUUGUGAGGAUUCGGCAGAGAUAUUAGAUUCAGAUGCUCUAAAUCGACCCUUGAACAUUCUGAUUCCAAAGUUCCUUCAGUUCUUUAGACAUUCAAGUCCCAAGAUCAGAUCCCACGCGAUAGCGUGUGUCAAUCAAUUUAUCAUUCAACGCACGCAAGCACUUAUGAUACAUAUAGACAGCUUUUUGGAGAAUCUCUUCCAUUUAGCUUCGGAUGAUGAUUCUGAGGUCCGAAAAAACGUAUGCAGGGCACUGGUAAUGCUGCUCGAGGUACGAAUGGACAGAUUAAUACCACAUAUGCACAAUAUAAUAGAAUAUAUGCUAAUGAGAACUCAGGAUGUUGACGAGGGAGUGGCACUGGAAGCUUGUGAGUUUUGGUUGUCACUAGCAGAACAACCAAUUUGCAAAGAGGCACUUGCACCACACCUGACACGAUUAGUACCUAUCUUGGUGAAAGGUAUGAAAUAUUCGGAAAUUGACAUAAUUCUCCUCAAAGGAGAUGUGGAGGAGGAUGAAAUGAUUCCAGACAGAGAAGAAGACAUCCGACCACGUUUUCAUAAAUCUAAGACGCAUCACUCGCAUCAUGCUAACGGUAUGGGCAAACAGCCCAUCGUCGAUGAGAACGGAAUAAACGGUGGAUGCGACGAUGAGGAUAUAGAUGUUGAGGACGGAUGCGAUGAUGAUUCAACUCUGAGCGAUUGGAACUUGAGGAAGUGCUCUGCCGCUGCGUUAGAUAUGUUGGCUAAUGUUUUUAGGGAAGAGCUUCUACCGGUUUUAGUACCGAUCUUGAAGGAGACUCUUUUCCAUCAGUCUUGGGAGAUCAAAGAAUCCGGUAUCUUGGCACUGGGAGCUAUCGCUGAAGGUUGUAUGAGUGGUAUGAUUCCACAUUUGUCGGAGCUCAUCCCUUAUUUGAUCGGUUGUUUGAGUGACAAGAAGGCUCUUGUACGUGCCAUAACUUGCUGGACAUUGAGCCGUUACGCACACUGGGUUUGUGCACAACCUCACGAGACGCAUUUGAAACCUCUGAUGACGGAACUGCUCAAAAGAGUGCUUGAUAGUAACAAACGUGUUCAAGAGGCGGCAUGUUCUGCCUUUGCGACUUUGGAAGAAGAAGCAUGUACCGAAUUGGUUCCUUAUCUUGGAUUUAUUCUCGAAACGCUCGUCUUUGCAUUUAGUAAAUAUCAGCAUAAAAAUCUUUUAAUUCUAUACGACGCCAUCGGUACUCUCGCUGAUUCUGUGGGUCAUCAUCUAAACAGACCAGAUUACAUCAAUCUUUUGAUGCCGCCUCUUAUUAAUAAGUGGAACGUAUUGAAGGAUGAAGAUAAAGAUCUGUUCCCAUUGCUGGAAUGCCUUUCUUCAGUAGCGACCGCAUUGCGCUCGGGUUUCUUACCGUAUUGCGAACCUGUGUACAGGCGAUGCGUAUCACUUGUGGAGCAAACGCUGAAUCAACAUAUAGCGAGCACGCAAAGUCCGGAGCAAUUUGAGGCACCCGAUAAAGAUUUUAUGAUAGUUGCAUUGGACCUUCUCAGCGGAUUAGCAGAAGGACUGGACGGUCACAUGGAACGUUUAGUGUUGAACAGCAACGUUAUGCAGCUGUUGUAUCAGUGUAUGCAGGAUAGCAUGCCUGAAGUCAGACAGAGUAGCUUCGCUUUGUUAGGAGAUCUUACAAAAGCUUGCUUCCAACACGUGCUCCCCUGCAUACCGGAGUUUAUGCCAAUACUUGGACAAAACUUGCAUCCGCAAUUCAUAUCAGUAUGUAACAACGCGACAUGGGCGAUCGGUGAAAUUUCGAUAAAACUCGGUCCUGACACAAGCGCGUACAUCCCAUUAAUUUUGGCACAGCUCAUCGAAAUCAUUAAUCGACCAGACACGCCAAAAACACUGUUAGAAAAUACGGCCAUAACGAUCGGUCGCCUAGGUUAUGUGUGUCCCCACGACGUCGCCCCCAUGUUACAGCAGUUUGUUCGACAGUGGUGCACUUCUUUGCGAAGCAUAAGAGAUAACGAAGAGAAGGAUUCUGCCUUCAGAGGCAUGUGUCAAAUGAUCACUGUCAAUCCAGCCGGUGUUGUUCCGGAUUUCAUCUUCUUUUGUGACGCCGUGGCGUCGUGGUCUGCGCCGAAAGAGGAUUUAAAGGAGAUGUUCCAGAAGAUAUUGUUUACUUUCAAAAAUCAAGUAGGUGAGGAGAAUUGGAAACGAUUUUCCGAUCAAUUUCCGCCGCAGCUGAGUGAGCGGUUACAUAACAUGUACGGCGUUUGAACAGCUCCGCCUAAAAGCGAAGGCCGCUUAAUGCAGCAGGCCGAAUGGGGUUGGGCGGGAAAUAAGGGGCGUUUGGGACGGGUGGGUGAAACCACGGCCUCUUCUCAUCAACAUCGUUGUCGUUACCGUAUCAUCGUGGUAUGUUACAAUCGUACUUUUGGGUAAAAAACGAUUAAAGGUAUGCCGUGUCUUUUAAGCUUUGGCCCAAUAUGGGUGACAAAGAAGGGGAACAAAGAGAAAAAUGUUAACGAGUCGAAGCUAGAAGGCAAGAACGACAAGAGAUAAGCAUUGGCCGAAAAAGUAAAAGCGUGGGUGGGCGGGGAUGGGACUUAUUUCGGGGCGGGAGGGAGGAAUUUUGUGGGGAUCACCGACUAGACAUUUUGAAAGGCGGAACGAGGUAUCGCGUAACAGCAAUCUGAUUUAAUACCUCGGAUGUACCGACGUACACGCUCUGUACGCUCCAUUAGCGUUUCUAUUAGCGCUAUCGCGAUAACACUGAACAGGAAAGUGUUAUUUCAUUCUCGCGUAUGUCAAAACGUGACAAAUGCUGGCGCCAAUGGCCAACUCUGC